AUGUUCCGUUCAAGCCUUGCCACUUUGCGCCGUGGCUCCCCUUCUAAGCUGUCGUCAUUCUCAUCGAGGCACAUUUUCACUGCGUCCCAAAGCCCUAAGUUGACAUCCAAGACGCACCUGAGGACCGCCGCUGUUGCUUUGACUGCAGGUAGUCUGCUAGGUCUUGUGGCCUCUGGUGCUCCCAUUGGGCUAGACACCCAGGAAAAGAAAAAGGAUACUGUAGACACCAAAACGGUUUCGCCACAAUCCGAGUCUGCGAAUGAGGAAGCGCAAGUGUCGGGAGAUGAUGAAUCCAAACCUCAAGCUGCGUAUGAUCCUGAUACGGGUGUAAUUAAUUGGGAUUGCCCUUGCCUUGGUGGUAUGGCUCAGGGACCAUGUGGUGAAGAGUUCAAGGCGGCCUUCUCCUGCUUCGUCUAUUCAGAGGAAGAGCCCAAAGGAAUCGAUUGCAUAGAAAAAUUCAAGGGCAUGCAAGAAUGCUUCCGCAAAUACCCUGAGUACUACGCCGAGCAGAUCAAGGACGAAGAAGAAGCGGCGAAAGCGGCCCAAGAGAUGGAGUCUCAAAACGACCAAGUCGAGAUGGUUCCCGAGGCUCAAAACGUUCACCCAGAAGAAUCCGCCCCCGUGCUCCAGCAAAAGGCCGAAUUCGAAGAUGCUGCGAGACCAGAACAAGGGCAAUCAAAGACCGAGGAACCUCUUGAAAAAGAAAAUUGA